AUGAGUGCAAAUCGCAAGGGCAGAAACACUAGUGGGAAGCUGCAAGGUUCUGACCAUAGCCUAGAUGCCAAAGAACUCUUCGGAAACGAUGGCGACAACUCCCAAUUUUCCUUACCCCUUGGCACUCGCUCGUCACUAUCUUCUAUACUCAUCGUCCAUCCAGUCGCCGCGCUCUUCACGUUGGUAUGCUUCAUACUAUCCGUAGGAGCUCACUUUCAUGGACCCUCUCACUCGUCGCGAUACCUCAUUUUCGUCCUAAUCGCAAGUAUACCAACCUUACUAAUUACGCUGCUCGCUUUCCUUGUCGACAUACUUCUGUUUGUACCACAUUUGGCCUGGGGGGGAUGGCUCGUCCUGGCCGCAACCAUUUUGAUCCUUGCGAGCGGCAUUGUGACGUGCGCCAUGCGGAGAACGUUGGUGAGCCGGAAAGAGAGCAAGAAGAGGAUAGCCGAAAAUGCAGACAUGAAUGGUGAAACUUUCUAUGCCAAUCAGAAUCCGAUACCGCAAGGCGUUCGAGCAGACUCUCCUCCGCCGUUAUCUACUGCUCCGACUGCCCCAUCUGACAAGCUGCCGAGCUACGCUGCUUUUGAGAAGAAAGUGUCGGAAGAGGACCGUAUACCUUUGAACACACGAACGCCGUCGAAUAAGACCUUGAACAGUGCACCGAGCACUCGAGGCACUGGGCAAGUCGACAAUCGGCCAGAACGGUAUGGUGUGCCGCCAAGAGGUGGACCAAUGGGAAUGCGUGGAGGGCGAGGGGGUCUCGGAGGGCCAAAAGACGAAUAUGGUAACCCGCUGCCUCCAUCAAAUGCUUUUGGUCCAGCGCCACCGAUGGGAAUGCGGCGAGAUCGGUCGGAGCCGCCAAUGCCCAUGAGGCGGCAGUAUUCCGACGAAUCCAUGAACUCUUACGGAUCUCGUGGAGGUCGAGGGCGAGGAGGCUAUCCACCAAGAGGCUACGGCCGUGGAAGACCCUAUGGACCAGGACCAGGACCUGGUAGAGGUGGAUUUGGAAGAGGGCAGAUGGGGCCUCCACCCGGCAGGGGACCUCCACCUCCUGGUUACGGCAACAGCUUUGCCCCACAAAAUCGACCUGAUCAAUAUGAAGGUGCUGGAUUUGCCGGAUAUGGUCGAAGUCCAUCAGCUCCUGGAUAUGGGAGGCGGAACUACUCUCCUGGCCCGCCUUCUGCUCCCGGUGGUCAUGACAGGCAGUCUCCAGGUCCACCGUCGGCACCAGGUGGAUAUAAUGACGGCUACAACAGGGCACCUUCUAGAGGCCAAGCUUCGGACCCUGGUGGGUAUAACUAUGAUAGACAAAACAUGUACAAUGAUCCUCCUCCUCAACCCUACAGACGACAAUCCCCACCGCAACCACCGCUAGCGCCUCCGAGUGACCUUGGUAUGAUAGGGCAAGCUGUGGAGAUGGAUGCCAGGCAUGGUAGUCCGGGUGCCAAUCCAAAUCAACUUCGAGAUAGCGACAGCGACGUGAGAGGAUUUGUAGGGCUUCAACAGCAGCAGAAGCAGCGUGACUCUCCUAUGAGUAUGACUAGUGUUUACAGCUCAAAUGAGUAUGUCAUCUAUGUUAAGUUUCCAUCUUCUUUACUAAUCGACUUUAGUGGAACCUACGUCCCACCACGUGCUGCUUGGAAAGGCAAUCCCCAAAGCAGCAGCCCCGAACCGCCAACCAACUUCAUACAAAUGGACUCUGCAACUUCGUCAACAACACAAGACCCCAUAGAGCUCCCCGAACAGAACACCCUCCGCAAAACCCGCUCUCCCACCGGCCCCUCCAAACUCAAUGCGGUAGCCCACGGCCGCAAGCAGUCCUCCGACGACUACUACGAAGACGUAGACCCACGCUUCGCCGCACCCCCACCCUCACGUGUAACACCUCAACAGACUCAACCUUCAGGACCAAUGCCCACAGCACUAGUCCCUGGCCAACUCCACGCCCAAGAACAGACUGCCGAACUCGUCGACCCUACCUCCUCAUACGAAGAUUUAGAUGACGGCCAAAGAAGUCCCGCUAGUGAUCAUAGCAACAUGACGUCUAUCUCCCAGCGCGGUGUGAAUCCCAACUGGCACCCUGGCGAGCCUCAUCAGCAGGGAGGUAGACUCGGCGUGCCAGGAGGGAGAAAGCCGGUCCCACCACAGCCGCAGAGAGACGCUUAUUUUCAAUCGGUGCCGCCGUAUGGAGAGCCUCCCAUUAGCAAUCAAGCGCGGGGAGCUAGUCCGCCUGUUGUGGUGCCGCCGAUAACACAGCAUGGACAGGCUUUUUGA